AUGGCCGGAGAAGCAGGUGGAGUGGAAUCGAGGGAGCUCGACCGGACUCCGACGUGGGCGGUUGCAAUCGUGUGCUCCGUCAUCAUUCUCAUCUCCAUCCUGCUGGAGAAGGGACUUCAUCACAUUGGAGAGUGGUUGUCUAGGAAGAACAAAAAGGCAUUGUUUGAAGCUCUUGAGAAGGUUAAAUGUGAAUUGAUGAUUCUUGGUUUCAUUUCUUUACUACUGACAUUUGGGCAGACUUACAUAUCUAAAAUCUGCAUACCGGACAGCAUUGCAGAUACCAUGUUGCCAUGCUCAAUCAAAACAACUGAAGGCACAACAGAAGAAGCUGGUAGAGAACACCGCAGGAGACUCUUGCAAAAUGUUCUCAUUAAUCAGAAUUUGAAACGAAGGAUGCUAGCUGCUGGAACAAUUGUGUCAUGUCCUACGGGAAAAGUGCCACUUAUUUCGGUGAAUGGAAUACAUCAGUUGCACAUCUUCAUUUUUUUCUUAGCUGUGUUUCAUGUAGCAAGUAGUGCUUUUACAAUGGCUCUUGGAAGAGCAAAGAUGCGUGCAUGGAAAGUGUGGGAAAGUGAGACCUCAUCUUCUGAGUAUGAAUUUUCCAACGAUCCAUCAAGAUUCAGAUUUACUCGUGAGACAUCAUUUGUGAGACAACAUACAAGUAUCUGGAAUAGAAUCCCAAUCUUGUUCUACUUUGUUUGCUUUUUUAAACAAUUUUUCAGGUCUGUCCGUAAAGCAGAUUACUUAGCACUGCGCCAUGGGUUUAUCAAUACUCAUCUGGCUCCGAGAAGUAAGUUUAACUUCCAAAAAUACAUAAAAAGAACUUUGGAGGAUGACUUUAAAGUAGUAGUGAGCAUCAGUUCUGUCUUAUGGGUUUCUGCCAUGAUUGUUCUUCUUCUUAACAUUCAUGAAUGGGAGGGACUCUUCUGGGCAUCACUACUUCCCCUAGUUAUAAUUCUAGCAGUCGGAAUGAAGCUACAAGCAAUCAUCACAAGGAUGGCUAUCGAGAUUCAAGAGAGACAUGCGGUCGUCCAAGGGAUUCCUCUGGUGCAACUCAGUGACCAUCAUUUUUGGUUUGGACGUCCCCAAUUUGUUCUCUUCCUCAUCCAUUUCACACUGUUUCAGAAUGCACUCCAGAUCACCUACUUUUUUUGGAUUUGGUAUGAGUUUGGAUUGAAGUCAUGUUUCCAUGAUAACUUUGGGUUCAUUAUUGCGAGAGUUGUCAUUGGAGUGGGAGGACAAGUCUUGUGUUGCUAUAUCACACUUCCACUUUAUGCACUUGUAUCUCAGAUGGGGACACACAUGAAGAAGACCAUCUUCGAUGAACAGACUUCAAAGGCACUCAAGCAAUGGCAUCAAGCUGUGAAGAGAAAACAUGAGAAAAGAAGCUCUCAUGGUUCGUCUACUGGCGAACAAAGCCCACAGGUGUCUCCUCUUCACCGUAUACAGAGGAGUAUAACUACAGGGCAUAUCAGUGCAACAUUCACCCCUUCAACAAGAAGGAAUGUUAUGGACCAUUAUGAUUCAGAUACAGAAGUUCAAAUGUCAACCUUGUUGGAAAAUGACAGACAAGAAUAUGGGAAUGUCAAACAACAGUUGGACGUAGAAGAGCAAACAGAUGCAGGUGAAUUCUCAUUCUCAAAGGUUUCUAUUCAAGAUAGAGGAAAACCAUAA